AAAUGCUGCGAUCUUCCCCCUAAUCAACGCGCGCCGACGCCAAUCCUAGCAUGCAAACAUCGCCGCAAGGAAUGCCACAGGAGCCCGCGCCGGCACUAAGGGCCUUUAUCGUCGAUCUGGCGACUUCUGAACCGCGUCCAGGCCUCGCUCUACACCCCGAUAAUACCAGCGUAGACCCAAAAUGGGCGUCGACUGCGGUUUCGAUAUCUAUCCCUCGAUCAGCCCACAAUGCCAAGGCCUGUACGAGGCUUUUCUUGAAGAAGUCAUCCAGGAAUACAAGGACGCACUUCACCCUAAUACAGGCGAACCCCUUAUCCAGAUCAUCGGCACACCAGAAACUAAAAACGCUUACGUCUUCUUCAAUGUUGGCGAGGGCCCUGUGCUACCCUACCGCUCCGAGUACUUUCUGCGCUUCGAGUCUAAACUCGUCAGCCGCGACAAUGUAAUGCCAUAUCUGAAGGAAGUCUACCUUAUCGCCCGACGACACUUCCCCGACAAUGUCCAUUUUUGGGCAGCUGGAACGUCACCAGCUUUGAUUAGACUAUUGCAUAAGAUACCGGAUAUAAGAGAAGAAGAAGGAGCUGUUCGAAAGGAUCAUGAGUAUAUAUAUAAGACGUUGCGAGAGAUGAGACGUCUGGUAAAAGAAGACUAAGAGCGAAGCACACAGGUUGAUCCAGAGAGGAACCUGCUUACUGUAUUUCGGGAUCAUCGCGUAAAGGUUGUAGGGCUAUAAACAAAUGUUUCAGAUUCAGACUCAUGAUUCUCUUAGCUAGCGCCCACCCC